GUCGCGUCUCGUUCUGUCUCUCUUAACCUAAGGUCUAAUAUUUAGUGGAUAGAAUAUAAAGAUAGUCGCCUACUGAGUGAAUAAAGUCUUAAGCUCUCAAUCCGAAAAGGAUGACAUGCCACCGAUCCCACACGAGGAGAAAAUGCGCAGCAAGCUACUACCAGAAUAUCAUCCACUUGUACCUAAAAAGGGUUUCCAAUUUCCUCGUGUUGUAAAUCAGAUCGACCUCAAUCUUUCCGAAGAUCAGAACCAGAAUCUACAGUUCACAGGUGAAGAUCUUCGAGCUGCUAAAAAGGCUCAAAAGGCUAAAGCGAACAAUUCUGGAAGGUCUAUUCGGUUUAAAGCUGAAAUGGCUGCAUUGCGAGCUCAAGGAGUGCAUCCGCCAGCUGCCCAAUCUCAUCUGAUCGACCUUAAUCUUCCCGCAGAUCACUAUGAUCCUACGGCUAAUCCAGCGGCUCAACAAACGGUUCCGCUAACGGCUGAAGAAAUUCGAAUGGCUGAGCAAGCUGAAAAGGCCAAAGAGAAACAAGCUCAAAAGCGUAAAAGGUUUCAAGAAGAACGAGCCAAGCUCCAAGCUAGACAAUUUAAUUAUCCAUCUGGAUCAUCUUACCAUUAGAGAACAAGAUCAUCCGCUGUUAUUUAAAGUGCUACAUCGUUGGUCUUAUUUCUGUUCAAACAAAAAAUUGUAUUGAAAU